CUUAUCCGCACAAUGUCGAGUGACGAGAUCCCCCAGCUGGUCGAGGGCGCCGCCGCCGACGAUGUUUUCGAGGGAGCCAUCGGUAUCGACCUCGGCACCACGUACUCGUGCGUCGGUGUCUGGCAGAACGACCGUGUCGAGAUCAUCGCCAACGACCAGGGCAACCGCACCACGCCGUCCUACGUUGCGUUCACCGAGUCGGAGCGCCUCAUCGGUGACUCGGCCAAGAACCAGGCCGCGAUGAACCCGAAGCAGACCGUCUUCGACGCCAAGCGCCUCAUCGGCCGCCGUUUCGACGAUGCCGAGGUCAAGAAGGACAUGGCUCACUGGCCGUUCACGGUCGUUGACAACAACGGCUCGCCCUUCAUCGAGGUCUCGUACCUCGGCGAGACCAAGUCGUUCUCGCCCGCCGAGAUCUCGGCCAUGGUCCUCACCAAGCUCAAGGAGACCGCCGAGGCCAAGAUCGGCAAGGAGGUCAAGAAGGCCGUCAUCACGGUCCCGGCCUACUUCAACGACUCGCAGCGUCUCUCGACCAAGGACGCUGGCACGAUUGCCGGCCUCGACGUCCUCCGCAUCAUCAACGAGCCGACCGCCGCCGCCAUCGCGUACGGCCUCGGCGAGGCGACCGAGAAGUCGAAGAAGGAGAAGAUGGUCCUCAUCUUCGACCUCGGCGGUGGCACGUUCGACGUGUCGCUCCUGUCGAUCACUGGCGGCGUCUUCGCCGUCAAGGCGACGGCCGGUGACACGCACCUCGGUGGCGAGGACUUCGACAACGCGCUCCUCGAGCACUUCAAGAAGGAGUUCGAGCGCAAGACCAAGCUCGACAUCUCGGGCGACGCCCGUGCGCUCCGCCGCCUUCGUUCGGCGUGCGAGCGCGCCAAGCGCACCCUGUCGUCGGUCACGCAGACCACCGUCGAGGUCGACUCGCUGUUCCAGGGCGAGGACUUCUCGGCCGCCAUCUCGCGUGCCCGCUUCGAGGAGAUCAACGCCACCACCUUCCGCUCGACCAUCGACCCGGUCGAGAAGGUCCUCAAGGACGCCAAGGUCGACAAGGCCAAGGUCGACGACAUUGUCCUCGUUGGUGGCUCGACCCGUAUCCCCAAGAUCCAGUCGCUCGUCUCGGAGUACUUCGGCGGUCGCCAGCUCAACAAGUCGAUCAACCCGGACGAGGCCGUCGCGUACGGUGCCGCCGUCCAGGCUGCCGUCCUCACGGGCCAGACGUCGGAGAAGACGGCCGACCUCCUCCUCCUCGACGUUGCGCCGCUCUCGCUCGGUGUCGCCAUGCAGGGUGACGUGUUCGGCGUCGUCGUGCCCCGCAACACGCCCAUCCCGUGCAACAAGUCGCGCACCUUCACCACGGUCGAGGACAACCAGACGACCGUCACGUUCCCCGUGUACGAGGGCGAGCGCGUCACGUGCAAGGAGAACCGCCUCCUCGGCGAGUUCGAGCUCAGCAACAUCACGCCCCAGCCGCGUGGCCAGGCCGAGCUCGUCUGCACGUUCGAGAUCGACGCCAACGGUCUCCUCAAGGUCUCGGCUCUCGACCGCACGUCGGGCCGCCGCGCCAACAUCACGAUCACCAACUCGGUCGGCCGCCUGUCGUCGUCCGAAAUCGACCAGAUGAUCAAGGACGCCCAGACCUUCUCGGCUGCCGACAAGGAGUUCACCGCGAAGCACGAGGCCAAGCAGUCCCUUGAGGCAUACGUCUCUUCGGUCGAGUCGACCAUCACGUCGCCGGAGGUUUCGGGCAAGCUGAAGCGCCAGCACCGUGGUGCCGUCGAGGGCGAGCUCGCCAAGGCGCUCGAGCGCCUCGAGAUCGAGGACUCGUCGGCCGACGAGCUCCGCCGCGCCGAGCUCCACCUCAAGCGCGCCAUGCAGAAGGCGAUGUCGGGCGGCCGCUAAGCGGCUCGAGCGUCGUUGUCGUCGUCGCUCCCGCCUCUCGGUUCCCCCUCCCUCCGUCCCCCCCUCCUGCUCCCGCACCUGCAUUGUCGUACCCUCUUCUUCUUCGUCUACAACCCUCCUCUUGCACCCGCCGUCGCCGUCGGUGCGCCUUUACUGGCGCUGCCGUCGGCGUCGCUCUCCCUCCCGCUCGCGGACCACCUCCCCCCUCUCUCUCUCUCUCCCCCUCUUUCGAAAACGGCCCGUACUCUGUUCUCGUCUAGCUCCGACCUCCUCCUCUUUGGUGCAACGUCGAUCGAUGGCCUGAUA